UAUUUGAAUAGUUUAAAAUUUUAAUAUUCCCGCCACUAGAAAUGAUCUAAAUUUGGCAACAUCGCGGAUAAUAUCUACGGAUGUAGCCGCUCCUCUAUGUGCUUUGUGAUCACAUACUAUUAUAAGUAUGUGUUUGUGAUAUAAAUCCUUUCAUACGUGGUCUCUUCUGAUGGCCGAUAUCCGUCGCAACCACAGGUCGCAACGCAACGGCAGUGUUCAUCAAACUAACAAAACAGAACCCAAAACGAACGUAACCAAAUUGACAUAACCUUAACCUCACUUUUUAUGAAAAAUUAGAAUGUUUUUCUCAAAUAUUUCCAAAUUUUUUAAAAGAAGAAGUGUAAAGUAUGGUCUGCCUUUUUUCGUACUUAUGGUUGGAGGAUCCUUUGGCCUGAGGGAAUUUACAAGUCUUAGGUAUCAAUUUUCCAAGGUGUCUAAAAUACGACCAGAAGAAUUGGAAAAAUAUGGAAUAGAAAUGAAAAAAUCUGGUCAAGUAACGUUAGAAUCCGAAUUUGAGAAAAUUAAAGAAAUAGAUAUUGAUAAUUGGAAACAAGUAAGGGGUCCAAGGCCGUGGGAAGAAAAUAUUCAAAGUAAUUAAGUUGCUUUUGAAUUUAAUCCCAGAAUAUAGAACAUUUUAUCUGUGAUAUUCCUACAUAAAUAAUGUAGCAAAAAUAGCUUUUAGUAAAUGUAGAAGGCAUACUUUAUCUAUUCAUGUUUCUGUGACUUUAUAAAAAUAAAUAUAAGCUUAAGCAAUUGUUAUUUAAAUACAAUACCUCCUUAACAAAAAAAUAGAAAUAUAUACUCAAAUUGUAAUAUACCUAAUAAAAUUAUUUGUACACGUUUAGGUAGAUAUCUAGUUCGACCUAUUUUUAUUUACGAAAAAAUAUAUGUAAUGAAAAACUAAGUUCCAUAUCUUGUGCAAAUGAAUGACACAAUUUUUUUAAAUAAAAAUGUGCCAUGUUUUUCAUAAUAUCAACAAUUUUAGGAGAAAUAAAGUGAAUAGGGGCGUUGGGUGGGUAAAACAAUGUCAUUAAUUAUGUAUUACAAUAUAUUGUUAGGAC